GUGACGGAGGCGUAGGCGGCUACUUGUCCAACAAGAGCAGCGUGAACCCCGAGAUGUACAACUGGAACAAGGCCUUCGUGGUAUAUUGCGAUGGUGGAAGCAGGGCUGGCAACGUGGCAGGCCCUGUCCAUGUUGGAAACGAAACAGUCUUCUUCCGCGGAGCGCAGAUUCUGAACGCCACCCUGGAAAGCCUUGCUGACGCUGGGCUCCGGAGAGCGCGAAACCUCAUUGUUGGAGGGUGCUCUGCUGGUGGCCUGACAGUGUGGCUUCAUCUGGAUUAUAUACGCCAGCAGUUCCCUGCAACUCGCGUAGUGGGAUUGCCGCAGUGCGGCUUCUUCAUGGACCUCCCCAACUACGCGGGUAGCCCACACUACACGCCGCUCUACAGAUGGUUGUUUGAGACCAUGAACAUGCAGAACUCGCCCUCCCUGCGUCCGAAGUGCUUUGAGCAACACGCGGAGGAGCCCUGGAGGUGUUUCAUGGCUCAGUACCUCCUUCCUUUCGUGGAGACGCCCGUCUUCGUGGUGAACUCCUUCUACGACUCCUGGCAGAUGGGGCAAAUCCUUGAGAUGCCAGACUCCUGCACCUUCAAGAAGAAUUGCACAGAGCAGCAGAAGACUGCUCAGCACGCACUGCGUAACUCGCUGGUGGGCAAUCUCUCGUCAGUCAAAGCCCCUUCCUCCUACUUCCUAUAUAGCUGCGUAAGCCAUUGCCAAUAUCUCAAUUUGGACUACGGCUGGACCAGGCUGACCUCUGGCAACUUGACCCUUCGCGAUGCGUUCAUGUCUUGGUUCCAUGGUGGAUCCAGCUUCGUGGCCGCAGCCACGGAGGAGCCGAACGAGAAUCCAACCUGCUGGCCCCUGCAGAAGGCAAAGCGAUCUUCCAGGGCAACAGUGGUCUUCGUGUGA